AAUUAAAUUAAUUUGUUAGUUUUAUAAAUUGAUAAUUUAUUUUAACAGUUUUAAAUCAAGUCGGUAAUAUAAUCACUACUCAGCCCCAACGUCCUCAGUUACUACAUAAUGUUUCAGGAAUUCAGUUGCAUAGAUCCAGACAGCAGACUGCUCAACAGCAAUCUCAGCCAUCAAAUGUUCCAAAUCAAUCUGUUCCAUUGCAACAAUUAAUGGGAGGAUUCAAUGAAAAUAUGUCUUUUGUACAAACUCAGCAGACGAGUCCUGCUACCUCACAGUAUCAGUCGACAACUCAAUUUCAAGGUCAGAGUCCAGGACCCGUUGUUACCAACCAAGGUCCGGGCAGCAAUCAGUCUACUGUACCUUCUCCAGUGCCGCAACAUGGAACCAAUGUUUCAAAUUCUCAAAUGGCACCUUCCCCGGCUGGAUAUGCUCCCAGUCCAACUUCACAAAUUGCUCCUUCUCCGGUAGGAUAUUCGGGCCGGGCACCCACUAAUGCUGGUGCACCUUCACCCGGAAGUGCUUUAAAUACACCUGGAAAUAUCGGUGCAAGUCCGAGUCCUGCCGGGAGAACUCUUCAAGAUGAUCAAAUGUAUCUAGAGAAACUCAAACAACUUUCGAAAUAUAUAGAACCACUAAGAAGAAUGAUUGCACGAUUAGAUAAAGAUGAAGAACGUAAAAAAGAAUUAAGCAAGAUGAAGCAUUUAUUGGAUAUUCUUUCUGAUCCUAAUAAAAGAUGUUCAAUGGACAUUUUACUGAAGUGUGAGCAAGUUUUAGAGAGACUGGAAUUUAAAGUAACGGCGUCAGAAUCAUCUGCCGCCACCAGUAAUCAGUCUAUUGUGGGACCGUCUAAGCCACCAGAGCAGAAUAUUUGCCAACCGUUAAUCGACGCUAUAAAUUAUCACAUUAAAUCUCCAUUAUUUAAUCACACACUGCAAAGGACUUUUGGACCUGCUGUUGCAGCAUUAAAUGGUCCACGAACUGUCUUAACUAAAAAUAAAAACUCUGAUUAUGAAACUAUUUUAGAACGUAAAAAAGAAUUAAGCAAGAUGAAGCAUUUAUUGGAUAUUCUUUCUGAUCCUAAUAAAAGAUGUUCAAUGGACAUUUUACUGAAGUGUGAGCAAGUUUUAGAGAGACUGGAAUUUAAAGUAACGGCGUCAGAAUCAUCUGCCGCCACCAGUAAUCAGUCUAUUGUGGGACCGUCUAAGCCACCAGAGCAGAAUAUUUGCCAACCGUUAAUCGACGCUAUAAAUUAUCACAUUAAAUCUCCAUUAUUUAAUCACACACUGCAAAGGACUUUUGGACCUGCUGUUGCAGCAUUAAAUGGUCCACGAACUGUCUUAACUAAAAAUAAAAACUCUGAUUAUGAAACUAUUUUAGAACGUAAAAAAGAAUUAAGCAAGAUGAAGCAUUUAUUGGAUAUUCUUUCUGAUCCUAAUAAAAGAUGUUCAAUGGACAUUUUACUGAAGUGUGAGCAAGUUUUAGAGAGACUGGAAUUUAAAGUAACGGCGUCAGAAUCAUCUGCCGCCACCAGUAAUCAGUCUAUUGUGGGACCGUCUAAGCCACCAGAGCAGAAUAUUUGCCAACCGUUAAUCGACGCUAUAAAUUAUCACAUUAAAUCUCCAUUAUUUAAUCACACACUGCAAAGGACUUUUGGACCUGCUGUUGCAGCAUUAAAUGGUCCACGAACUGUGAUACCAAGUCCUUUGUCAAAGAAGAGAAAGCACGAAGAAGACAAUUCGGAAAUAUCAAAUGUCUUACAGGGAGAAAUUGCACGAUUAGAUCAGAGAUUCAAAAUCCAGUUAGAUCCUGUUCAACAUCAGGGUUCUCGUACAGUACAUCUUAUUUGUCAACUUGAUGAUAAAAAUCUUCCUUGUGUACCUCCAAUUACAAUUGCUGUGCCUGAAAAUUAUCCAGAGAAACCUCCUCACUGCAACACAACCAAAGAAGAAUAUGAUUCUACUCCAUUCCUUCAAUGCAUACAGAAAGUGUUAUCUUCUCAAUUGAGCAAUAUGCCUGGGAAAUUUUCUGUAACAUCAUUACUGGAUGCGUGGGAAAUGAGUGUUCGUCAAGCAUGUUCACCAAAACCAUCCACAAUUUGCUUCUUUCACAUCAUACAGUAUUAUGCCAAAUAUACAACUUCCAGAAACUCAGAAUUACCAGUAAACUGCUAAUUUUGAAUUUGGUGGGCUUACAGUAUAGAUGUAGUUUUUCACACAGCUGAUGUUUUUGGUUUCUUUGACAUACAUAUCACAAUUUACCAGUUCUAAUGUGAGGUGUUGGCCUGUGGUGUGUUAAAUACAAUUUAGUUAUAUUUAUCGAAACCAUUUCAUCUAAAUAAAUAUCA